CUUGAAGACUGUUUUCACAUUCAACCGCUGAAGAGAGAAAGUUAGUCUCCCUGCUCACCUUAAACUUGAGCGUCCCAACAGGGAAAUAAUAUAAUUUAAUAUAAUCAGUCCAGCCAGUAGAGGACAGUGUUACAUCACACAGUGAGAGAAGACAACAGUUCCUCCUCCUGUCCAGCUGCUGGCAGUAAAGCGACUUUCAACUUGGAUUGUGGUGAUGUUAAUCCUUCCAGACAAAGAAUCGGCCGACACAUGCGGAAUAAUUGAGGACGAUGAUGUGAAACCUGCCUGGACUCACUGCUGAGAGGUUUUAAUUUGUGAUUAAAAAAGUUUUCCAUCAUGUCCGACCUGGUUCAUACAACCUCUGACAGCCUGUGUAAACUUGUCCGCUGGGCUCACAGCCACGGCACCAUCUGCAACCUCAUCCCCAGCCUGCAGCACCUCACCCGUGCUUCCUACGGUAACGUGCUGACACCAGAACCCCAUCCCCAUGGCAGCAGCGUCCCUGUUGCUGUGUGGGGCUGUGCCGCUGGACAUGCCUACCACUGGCCUCUCAGUGACCAUAGCAACAGCUGCACAGGCUCAGCAAAUACCAGCCAGGGCCAGGAGAGGUUUAUUGGAGGGCGUUUGUCCAAAAAGGUGGCAGCGAGGGCAUCAUGUGACCUAUUCUGCAGCGAAGCAGCAUCAGAGGGAGAGGAGUUCAGCAGCCGGCUGUUCGAUAUCGCUGGAUGUGAUUCGUCAGCCACAGACGAGGAUGGGGACUACAAGCCCCGCCCUUCCAGGAAGAGAGGUGCGACACCAGGAGGGUCGGCGAGCUCGGGGGUAGUCGCAGGGAAGAAGGUCAAACAGGAGGCAACCUUAGCAGAGGAUUAUGAUGCUGUUGCUGACAUCGUUUGCCCGGAGAUGGCAGAGACAGACGCUGUCAAUCUUUCACAGGCUUGUCAAGCACCAAUCGCACACACACUGUUGCCCAACAAGGCCCAACCACCCUGCCCUCAGCCCCAACGGCUCAACGACCCUUCUGGGGAGCGUGUCCAGGAUCUGGUGUGUGAGGGGCUAGUGGAGCCAGAGAUGGAGCUACUGGUCGGAGGCAGCUGCACCACGAGGACCACAGAGCAGGCGGAGAGAUGCUGCUCCGCCAAAGAGACUACAGAGAGGACUGCAGGGGCCCAGAGUGAGCUGGAGAAGCUGCGAGCAUUACUUUGUGCUGAACAUAACCGAAACCAGCAGAUGACAGAGAUGAUCUGCAGUCUGAAGCAGGACAAAGAGCUGCUGCAGCAUGAACUCACCAAGAAAGCCAAACUCAUCUGUGACUUCCUGCAGGACAAACUCCGACCAGAGAAGAGGUGGCCUCGCUGCUCUAAUCAGAUGGAACCAGGAAGUUCACACAUGACUUCCUCUGAUGAUGUGACAGGGUUUGAUUCGCCAACACUAUUCGACUCAUUCGACGAAAUAGAGCUUCACCCUCUGGAGCGCCACCGGACCCUUAAGAGCAAGGGGACCCGGGAUGGAGAAAACACCCGAGUCAGGAUGAAAAACGUGGUGGGUGUGAUUGCUCGCUACAUGGCUGCCCUCCAGGAAUUUCGACGGAGCGUUUCCAUGAAGGUGGCCUUCGACCGGGUCGGCGUGGACCGCAACACCAUCUCCCGCACGGCAGCCAUAGCCGAGCUCAGCCUGGCCGCUCCAGAAGUGUUUCACGCACUGGCACCGUGGGAUGAGAAGGAGGAGACGUUGGCACAUUACGCCCACCGCUGCCGACAGGCCAUGGAUGACAACAUUAAGGCCAAGAUCAAAACGAUGAAGGCAAAAGGAGAACUGCUGCCCAUUGUGUCAAAGUGACAGCUACAGAUAUUGUGCCGACUGACUCUUUCCCAUAAUAAGAGGCCUGUGAUGCACAAACUACUGCAUACUUCUUGUACAUAUAAAAAGAAAUCCAAACAAAGGAAAAGUUAACUCUUGGAUUCUCUUCUUCUACAGUUAUGUCCUGUACCAUCUGAACACAUUACAGGCUGCAAGUUGGUCUUUUUUGUUACACCAACUUUUCCACAAUCUCAUGUACUUUUGAUCAUGUAAGGCAUCUGCACUGCAUUCUGGCCACAUUUGUUGGUGUACAAAUAAGGUGUUAUUUUCCUGUCCAGUGGAUUUCUUCUGUGAUUGUGAAACACUCAUGCAAAAUUGCAACUCCGGAAAGAAAAAGCUAUUUGUUUUUAAAUUUUACGGGAGUGUCCGCAAAAGUGUUUACCAUUGUUUUAAACUGCUGUCAAGAGAGCACAUUAUAAUCAAGUUCCAAUCUUUGAAAAGCAAUAACAAAGUUAAACAUCAGCAUUAUGAAGCAACUGGUGGUGGUUACUCACACCACUUUAUAAUUCCAGUUGUCUGAUUAGUAAGGGACUUUUUAAGGAUUCAAAGUUCAGACUGAGAAAAAAAGAUUAUGCAUGGUAAUAUACUGUAUUCAUUUUGUUGUGUGUGUUGUUUUGUGUGCUGCUAACCUGUGUUUAAACAAUACAUUACUAAAAUCUGA